UUUCAAGGAUUGGUUUCUGAUGGAUUUCAACCCCACUUUCCCAGGGGCCAGAUUCAAAGCACCGGGGUUUUUUGUGUGUGUGUUUGUGGAGUUUUACAAAGACCACCCCCCCCUUGCAGGAGGCCAAAGACUUAUAUUGAGCACCGCCAGGUCCUCCCCCUCCAGGUCUCUGCGUUUCGAAAGCGAAGGGUCCCUCCCACUGAGCACUUUCUUUGAGGUGGUGGGUGGUCAGGCGGUGCCACGCCGAGGGGCAUCUUUGCAAAACCGUCUCCCCUGGAAGCUUGAAGGAUGCAAAGCAGAAGACUUUUAUGGGAGAAGCUACGGUUGCUACAGUGCCAUUUCACCUGGAACGUUGAGUUUGAAGACCAGGUAGAUGUGGAACACCUCUUGCAGUUCUUGACCUACAAGACAGAAUUCACCCCGUACCAUAACCAUGGCACUUACACCGCCCUCAAGGCAUUUCUGUACCACAGGCAGAAGCGCUACUGCGAGGCGCUGAAAACGCUCAAGGAAGCAGAAAUGUUUCUGGCAAUUGACCAGCUGACCAACAUCACCUGCCACAUCCUGCUGAUCUACGGGAACUACGCCUGGGUUUAUUAUCACUUGAGCAAUUACGACAUGACGAAUCUCUACCUUCACCGGAUUCAGCGCAUCUGCCAAAUGAUGUCUAGCCCUGAGCCUUACUCGGUGAAGACGGGUGAAAUCCUGGCUCAGAAAGGCUGGUCUCUCCUGGCGGCGGGCUUCCGGAACGGGCCGAAGGCCAAACAGUGCUUUGAAAUGGCGCUGAGGCAAGACCUGUUUAAUUUACAGUUCUGGUCUGGCCUGGCGGUCUCUCUCUAUGCCACUUGGGAGCAUCUCCAGACGCAAGAGUUUUGGGGCAAGGCCAAGGAGCUGCUGGAAGGGAUCGUCCUCAUGCAACCCGGAAACUACGAGAUGAAAGUCUACUUGGCCACCCUGCUUUGUCGUAUAAGCGAGCAACGAGUCAACCACCUCCUGGAGGAAGUGGUGGAGCAGAGCCGAAACCCUGAAGUCCUAAGGAAAGUGGCCAGGUUGUAUAUGUUCAUGCCACAGUCACUACCCCUGGCCAUUUCAAUCCUAAAAGAGGCCAUCGCUCUGGCUCCCACCUACGACAUCCUUCACUAUGACCUUGGCAUGUGCUACAGGUACCAGAUGGAAAGAGGAUCGCCAGAAGAACGAGCCGCGAGCUUCAAGCCGGCCAUAGAAAGCUUCCAGCGGGCGGUCGAAGUGAAUUCUCUGUUUUUCGAUCCCAUGUUGGAACUGGCCAAGCUCUAUGGGAUGGAGGUCCCGGAUCAGGAGGAAGAGGUCUAUGCGAACCUGGCGGAGAAGGCGCCCCACACCAGUGCGUCCUGCCGCCAGGCCCUCUGUUUGCAGUGGGGAGAUUUCCUUCUCCAGAAGAAGGGGCUGAAGGACAAGGCCUCGGAGAAGUACAUGGCGGGCCUCCUAAUCGCGGGUGGCCACAGCAAGGAGAAGGACCAGCUGGUGAGCCGCCUGGUAGACUUGGCCAAGAAGUUCCAGGAAGAGUCCGAAGUGGGCCACGCGGAGGCCAUUCGCAGCUUCCUGCAGGCGCAGGGGUUACGGGAGGCGCCUGCUCAGAGGCAACGUCCGUGGUGGCUCUCCUACAGAGCCUUGAGAUAAAAAGAGGGGCAUUUCUGCCACAGAGAAGUCUGAAGUUCGUGGUUCGAGCAGAGGAUCCCAACCUUGAGUCCCCCAGAUGCACUUACACUACAACUCCCAGAAACCCUGGCUCAUGGUGAAGGCUUCUGGGAGUUUUAAUUCAAAAACAUCUUGGGAUCUGAGGCUGGCGACCACCGGGUUAGAGAGAACGAAGGACGGGUUGGUGGAGUCAACAGGGUUCUGGCUCGGCACACCGACGUUCCUUCGUCAUUUUC